AUGUCAUACAACAACCACCAAGCAUCAUCCUCCACUCCCGGCCGUCGUCCUCCAGGGCGUCCACUUGGCUCCAAAAACAAACCUAAGAUGCCUAUCAUAGAAAAACAUGACAAUCCUAAUGCACUAAAUUCUCAUGUCCUAGAGAUCACUUGCGGAUCUGACAUCUCACAGAGUCUCUUUGAUUACGCUUGUCGUCAAGGGAGGGGCAUCAAUAUCCUCUGUGGAAAUGGAAUAGUGGCUAAUGUUAGACUUCUUCAGCCCACGGGAAAUGUUGUAAUGCUUCAAGGAAAUUUUGAGAUACUUUCGAUAUCAGGGACAAUUUUUCCUUCGGGAACACCAUCAAGUGCAGGAGAAUUGGUAAUUCAUUUAAUGGGAACGUCAGGGCAGGUGAUUGGGGGGACUGUCAUGCCUCCUCUAAUGGCAUCAAGUUCAAUUUCUUUGAUGGCUGCUUCUUUUGCAAACAUUGCAUCUGAAAAAUUUUCUUUGGUGACCAAUAAUCUGAUAGAACAUGAGCCCAGAAAUGUGAUUAAAAGUGAUACUGGCUCGCUCAAUGCUGGAAAAUCUAUAUCUCAAAUGAUAAACAAUAUGAGUUUCAACUCCAAUUAUCUCAAAUGA